AUGAUGUCUGCAAGGCCUCUCGUUCGCUCGGCGCUCCCCAGAGCUACCCGCGUUGUCCGUGCCCCUCGCCAGCAGCUCCGUUUCCAAUCCACAGCCACAUCAUCAUCAUCGACAGGUGGAGCAAGCUCUCACUUUGGAGCUGGUGUCGCUGGUGGUCUUGCUGGUGCCGGUCUCUUCUACGCCAUCUACUCCUUCACCCCGGCCGGCCGCACUGCCUCCAAGGUCAACAAGGCCGCAAAGGAGGCCGCCGAGAAGUACUCUGUCGCCGCCCAGAAGCUGCAAGAAAACACUCCCUCUGCCGACGAAGCCAUCGACUACAUUAAGCAGUUUGCCUACUCCUACGUUGGUUGGAUCCCUGGCGGCCGCUCCUACGUCGAUUCUGCUUUCAAUGAUUUCGAGACCGUUCGCAAGAACCACAAGGAGGAGGCCGACAAGAUUGUCAAUGACGCCUACAAGCAGUUCCAGGAGGUCGCCAAGGCCGGACUGAGCCUCGACGCCGUCCACAAGGCCUACGAGGUCCUCGCAGACAUCACCCAAAAGCUUGCAAGCCUCGGAGGCGACGCUAUCGGAGACAUUGUCGACAACCACCCCGAGCUGAAGGAGAAGCUUGGAGGAAACAUCGAUCAGCUCAAGGACCUGGGUGACAAGUACGGCCCAGAGGCGAAGAAGCAGGUUGACGAGACAUGGAAGCAGGUCAAGGACAUCUUGGCGGGCGGCUUCAAUGCCAGCAGCUUUGACAAGGUGCGCAAGCUCGUUGAGGAGAAGAUACAGCAGGUCCAGAAGCUCGGCGACGAGGCAUGGAAGAAGGCGCUCGAGGAGGCCAAGCCCUACCUUGACAAGAACCCCAAGGUCAAGGAGCUGGUUGAGAAGAAUGCCGACGCACUCAAGCAGGGCAACGCCAAGGAGCUUUUCGAAAAGGCGAAGAAGGCUACCGAGUCUGGAGACCUCGGCGGCCUGGAGAGCUACGUCACCGACGCUGUCGAUAAGGCCAAGUCCAAGGGCUCUCAAAUCGGCGAGAGCUUUGGGUUGGACCAGUAUUUCAAGCUGAUUCCCGACGGAGACAAGAUCAUCCCCAAGCUGAAGCAACUUCGCGAGGUUGCCGACAAGCACAAGGAAGAAGGCGAGAAGCUUUUCAAGGAGACCAUUGAGGAAGUGAAGAAGGUUCUCGAGGCCAAGUCAAAGAAGGCUGAGGAGAUUGUUGAGAAGGCCAAGAAGGAUGCUAAAUGA